UUCGGAGAUGGAGGUGAGAGCUUGAGAGGAUGUAGAAAUUGGCCGCGACAUAAUGCCGGCGAUUCUACCAAUCUCGUUCUCCCUUCACGACGCCUUUCUUCACUGCUUCGCUUGCUUCUCCCCUUUCUUCGGUCUGCCGUUCCCACCCCGUCGCCACCGUCAUCUCUCCUCGUCCGUUUUUUACUGUUUUUCUCUUUGCUCCGCCACCGACUCGCCUCUCCACUUCUCCUCGGCGGAAUCCAAUCUCCUCGACUCCUCGCCUCCGUCGCCCUCUCCCGAGUCCUCUGCGGACCUCCCCGCCGUGCUCUGCCUCCCCCGUACGAGAUCCGCCUCCGGAGAUCGGAUGUUCGGUUUGCUAACCAAUCGUGAGAAAUUGUUGGUGGAGGACGACGAGAUCUCCGAUCGCGUGAGGAGCGGAGCUGUCGUGAUGGCGGGGAAGGAGGAAUGGUGCCGAAGAAGAAGAGGAAUCGGCGAUUUGCUUGGUGAUCACCAACGGAGUGGAGGUUGUGGAUGAGAAAGGGAGAGGAAUCGGGAUCGCCAUUUACGAUU